AACAUGCAAACUUGUUGUUUACGAAAAUCUAAUUUCUAUGUUUUAAAACAUGAAAGACAAAUUUCAUAUUUUAAAAAAUACGAAAUUUUGGUAUAUAAUAUAUUUGUAUUUUAAAACUUAUUAUCUCCUUUACAAACAUUUUUUUUAAUUGGACUAUUAGGAAGAUGGUGGUGGGUGGUCCCUUUUGGCAAUCUCAAUCUGAAUGGUAAACUCAAUUUUUAACAAAAUUUUGAAAAAUGUAAGAAACAGCCAUAUCAGAUAUUUAAGGUUACCAAAAUGUUUGUCAAGAGAUCAAAAGAGAUCAAGAAAACAUUGCCAUAAAUCUUCCAUAGAUUUCUGUUGCAGCAUGUUCACUGUAUAUACAUGUUUUUUUUUCUUAGCAAAACUUUUUUUAAUUUGUUGAUCAAAUGUAAUGGAAACAGAAGAUAUAUUCAAAAAUGCAUCUAAUCAUGCAAGGACUUUAAAAAAUGUAUCUGAGGAUGACAUGUUGCGACUGUAUGGUUUAUAUAAACAAGCCAAUGAAGGUGUUUGCAAUAUUGACAAACCAUAUUUCUGGGACUUUACUGCUGCAGCAAAAUGGAAAAGCUGGAAAUCAUUUUCCAACCUUUCAAGAGAGGAAGCACAAAGGCAGUAUAUAUGUUUAGUGAAAAACUUUGACCCAGAAUGGGAUGAAACCACAGUGACAGAGACACAAAAUGAUAAACCUAGUGGCAUGGGUGUUAGUGUUAGCACAAUGGCUUAUGAAGAUGAGAAAGAAAUACCAGACAAAGAUAAAACUGUAUUUGAUUGGUGCAAAUUUGGUGACUUAGAUCAAAUAUCGCAUUUAAUAAAAAACAACAAAAAAUUAAUUCAUGCUAGAGACGAUAAUUAUUUAUCACCGUUGCAUUGGGCUGUUGAUCGAGGUCAUAUUAACAUAGUCCAGUACUUGAUAGAUGUUGGGUGUGAUGUAAACCUGCAAGACGAAGAUGGACAGACACCGUUACACUAUGCAGCUACUUGUGAGCAUGAAGAUAUUGUUAAAUUGUUAUUGAAAUCAGGGGCUGAUCAAAUGAUUAAAGAUACAGAUGGGAAUCUUCCAUUUGGUUCAGUAAUAGGAUUGUAGAGUGGUGCUAAGAGAAGAAAUUCUAAGUUGUUUUCUGUUUGUACAAAAAUCAAAUAGAAUUAUGUAUAUUUUUUGUCAGAAAGUUUUGCCUUCAAAAAAAAUCUUUCAACUUUAUCAAUUAUAAAUUAACAUUAAUGUGAGAAAAACUUUCUUUACAAUUUGCGACAUUAAUGUAGUUGAUAAUAUAAUAUUGCUAAUUUUCUUGUUUAUCAUGAAUUCAUUAAAGAAAGUAAAAUGCUUGAAGACUUGAAAAUUUCUGAUGUUAGUAUUUACACUUAAUAAGAAUAAGACUGGCAGGUUCAUACAAGCUUGUAAAUAUUUGAUUUUGGUAUUACAUAUACGCCAAAGUAUCUAAAGUUUUUUUGAAUACUGGAUACCAGAGAGAAAAUGCAGUAAUGUAAAGGCUAUUUGAGCCUUUCACAGUAUGGCAAAAAUCUCUACUUAGUAUAAUAUAUAUUUACCUGAGUAAAUUUGUAAUAAAAUGCUGCUGCAAAGCUUUGUAUCUAAUCCUUUUACCUUUUACCAUUUUUAUUACCAUAGACAUCAUAAUAAAGAAAUAUUUUUUGGGUUAAACUAUUUUUGAGUGCCAGUAUUUGUGUCUAAAUCCUUGUGGUACAUCACUGAUAAAGAAUAUUAUGAUGCAGAUGAUAUACUUAAAUUCUAGUGGUGUUUUUAACCUUUGAAAUUGUAUAUUAAUAUUUUAUAUACCGUUUAACAUUGUUGACAAAAUUUUUUGGUGUUAAUUUAUAAAUAGGUAAAAAUAUGUAAUAGUUUGCAUAAACGAAAUAUUGAAAAUAUGGAAGAGAUUUAUUGUUUAGAAUAUCAUUUUGUAUAAAAAUGUAAAAUAUAUACACAUUAAAACUGCCUUGAAAUAUAAUACAUGCCAGCUAUUUA